GGAUUCGGUGAUGGCGGGUAAAGUCACAUACGCCGUGGAUGAACUAAACGAAAUGGAGCGUGUUUUCACGUUCCAGUUUUAGUAGUGCUUCUGGUGCAUCUUCUGAAGUGUAUUCUGACGUGUGUUCAGAGUUAACUUUCGUGUUUUAGUACGCAUUUCGUCAAGUGGUUCAGAGAUGUCAGUCUGCUGGUACUAUAUGCAAGGGAGGUGCCGCUAUGGCGAUCGCUGCCGUAACGCGCAUCCUUCUUUGGAAUACGACUACGACGACGAAUACGAGGAACCACGUACUUCACGCGGUAGAAGAGCGGAUAACUUCGAUUUUAACGCCACUCUUCAAAAUGUGCGCCGGCAAGAGCAGGCAAAGCAGUACCGCAGCGAAAGCUUCCAAAGGAGAUAUGCCGAUACUUAUCACUCGCCGCAGGCGAAUCGGCAGACGGACAGUAGCUAUUACAGCUACCAACCGCAGCAACAAAAUAGGUUUCAAGCCCUUCGUGACACCGAAAGAAACUCCAGUCGGUACUCGGACAAUAGCUAUUACAGCUACCAACCGCAGCAACAAAAUAGGUUUCAAGCCCAUCGCGACACCGAAAGAAACACUCAUCGGUACCCAGAUAGUAGUCAUUACAGUCAGCAGCAGCAACAACAACAAAACCGGUUUCAGUUGGUUCGCAACACCGAAAAAAAUGACAGCAGUCGGAAGGGUCCAGCAGUGGAGUUCGACUUCAAUAAAGCACUCCAGGAGGUGACCAAAACCGAAGACCGCAAGAAUCUAAGUGAACUAUCCAGUGAUGAAGCUGCUGUUGUAUCAGACAUGAAACAGUGGCAGGUAAGUGGGCAGUGGCUGUUCACAUGCUAUGGUCCAUUUGGAAAUUCAGCAUCGUACCCUGGAUUUCAUGAUAUGUCAAUGGAGGAGUUGCGGCUUGACUUCUAUAAGGCAUUUCAAGCAGGAGCAAUUGGUGACUAUUCAAAUCACGUGAAACAAGCUGCCACAAAUGUGCAGCAGAAUAUUCAACACUUGCUGUUGAUGCCUCCAGAUGUAAGGACCUGCUUGAAAAACCUUCGUAACAAUCAAGCCACAGCAGGUCCAGCAACAUCUUUUAGUACAGCUCCAGCUGGCCUGCUACAAACUUCUGCAGCCUUGACAGCUGCACUUCCCCCUUUCACAUCACAACCCAAGCCUCAAGUUUCAACGCAGCAAAGCGUCAGGCCAACGAGCGCAAGUGCCCAGAAAGUUGCAGAGACUGAUUAUGUUUACACACCUGUGGGAAAUCUGUCACUUGAGGAAAAAAGACAGUUUUUGGCUGAACAUUUCACACCUGGAAAAAUUCCUCUACGACCACCACCAAAGGAGUAUUGUCAUGUUGCUUAGACAGAGGAAGGCAACAUUCUGCUUUGGGCUCGGAGUGUUGGGCUCACAGGCUUAACUACAGGGACUGUGUCGCAGCCAAGUGGAGUGCUGUGGCAUGCCAUAUCGCCACCUACAGCUGCUUCAGUGUUGGCUGCAAGAUAUGCAGUGCUAGCUUCCUUGCCUUUUGUACAUUUGUACACAUGUGAAUAUAGCUGCCACCUAGGAAGAACUCUUUUUGUGUUGAUAGUUCAGAACAUUCUUACUGCCUUGCCUGUUGUACAUUUGUACACAUGUGAAUAUAGUUGCCGCCAUGUAGAAAAAGUUUCUUUGUGUUGAUGGUACAGCAUAUUUGCAAGCCCUAAGGUAUUCUUUAAAACAGGCGUUAAAAAAAAGUCAAAUUUGAACUGAUGACCGUGCCACAGGACUGCAAGCAAGCACAUUGACAGCUAGAUAUUUUCAGAAAUUGUUAAAGGAUAAAGAAUCGCGCUGUAGCAGCUUCUAUCUCUGAUGUGUUCUUGAAGCAGAAUGCGAAAAUCCCAUAAAAAUAUUUAGAUAUUAACAUUCAAUGAAUCAUUUGUGUUUAGAUAUCUGUACCCAGACAGUGCAUAAUUGUCAAAUACCAGAGCAUAAAAAAAAACAAGGGACAAACAUAGAAGAGACAUACACAGCACUGUGUAUAAAUGCAUAAGUUUGCAAUGCAGAUCACCCCAUAAAAGCACUUAACAGGAUGCAGUGCAGACAAUCCACCUUAUUUUUUACCCAAUGCAGAGAGGCGUUUGUGUGCCUGCCAGACAUAUGUUGCAUUUGUGCUGUCGUAGUGCACCGGUUGACUUGUGUCAGGCUACAUGACCAUCAACAAGACUAGUUAUGUUCACAAAAAUCUGGAACGUUUCGAGUUUUGAUUUUCUCUUCUACUGUACUUCUUUUUCUCUACAUACUAUGUAUGUCUUCAUGCACUGAUGUCGUCUGUAGGUAAACUGAAACAAAUUCACACCUCUUCAGCAUGUGUAAAUAUGCCGUGCCAAUGCUGCUUAAAGACCUCUUUCAAGCCCUAUGUGACAAAUAUGCAUCUAAGUUGGCCCGCUUGAACUACACAAGUUCCCCGGUAAUGUCACUUUUUUUUUCUCUUUUGUGUUGUGACUUUGAAGGAAAGCUUGCAUUUCUCAUUUUUAGUGGACUGUUCUUGCAAAGAGUUUUACAUUUGGUUUAAUAAUUUGGUUCAAGUUUGACUAGUAGCAUGCAGGCUGAUGCUAUUGCUUGUUGCAAUCUGUGUUUCCUUUUGUACAAAUUAUUUCCAUUAAGGACCAUAAGGAUGGUGCCAGUGUCAUGGAGCACAGCUCUUACAUAAUUUUUCUGUAUUUAUUGAAAGAAACAUUGCUUUGCAAGCUGUAAAGCCUUUAAAAAAUGGUUUUAUUUGACACACAGAGUUCUUGUGACCUUUGCACUUGCGUGGUAAAUUAGACUCAUGCAGUCGUGUUUCGUUAAUAAGCAGUACAGUUGACAUUGUUACAACUGACUAAUGUGUUGUAUCAGACUUGACAACGGACUUCAACUGUUUUAUGUGCACAUUACAAAAGCUUGUUUAAUAUUUAUGUGGGCUCUUCCAAGUUGUAAAAUGCUGAGAUUGCUGUGAAGCUGUACACAGCCACUAUAUUUUUAAACUUUUUUAGUAGUGUUACUUCGUGAACUUGUUUUCCUGUUCCUAAAAUGAAACUGCUUGUAAAUAAAAUCUCUACGAGCAAGUUA